CUUUUUCCACAGGCCGGUACAUACUAUCACCGGGCCUUCCUAGCAGCUGAACGGGAGAUGACCCUCCUUCAUCAGGAGCUGGACGAGAGCCAAACCCUUUUGGCUGCUGCUAGGAAAAUGGCUGCAGAUCUCCAAGAUCGAGCCAACAAGGGUGACAAGGCCAGGGCUGAAUUGGCCGAAUUGGAGCAGAGGCUCCAUCGUCGCGAUCGGGAGAUCCGGGCGCUGAAGGACAAGAUUGCUGCUGCCGAAGCUGCUGGUGUUAAGUUUAAAAAGACCCAGCCUAAAGAGGGCGGACAGCCAGCAGCACCCGUUCAGGCCGAUAUUUCUAGAAUCACUCAGCAGGCAGUGAUUGAUUUCCAAAGGGGUAAAGGUUUGAACGUAGCCCUGAAGGAGACUGCCCGGGAGUUCCUUGGAAAGCAUCUUGGGGAGUUCUUGAAGAAGAGUAAGGAUCCUCUUCGUGACGGCCUCCAGCUCCUGGAUGAGACCCCGUCCGGGACAGCCUUCGCCAAUGCCCUAGCAAGGGACACACUUGUUAAGUGCCAGGAUAUGUUGGUCGACCGGAAUCUGGAAGUGAUCAAGGAAUCAUUCGAUGAACCCUUUGACCCCAAGGAGGAAGGUUUCGACCCCUUAUUCUGCCGUGCUUAUCAACGGGUGAUGGAGAAGAGGCAGAAGGCUAAAGAUUCAGCCAAUCCCCCGAACCCCAACUCGGAUGCCGUGCCGAACAAGGAUCCUCCCGUAGCUUAGUUAUCUCUGUUGUAAUCUCCUUUUCUUCUUCUCAUGUAUAAUUCCCGGUCAGUAGUGCCGAAGAAUAAAGAUUGAUCCGUUUCCGAAUGACUUGCUUCCCGAACACUUUUUUUUUUUUUUUUUUUUUUUUUUUUUUUUUUCAACUCAGCCUCAUGAUUGAGAUGUAAGCUGUUCGACCCUUCCCUAACACCAAAGUUGAGGUGCAAGCUGUUCGAUUUAUUUCCGUCUGUUGUUCUUUGUUUCCUGAACGCGCAAGACAUAAUGUUCAACACCUGCUGCGUCCCCGAGCACCAUGUUUCAGAUGCAUGCCGUCCGGUUUAUUACCGUCGACUGGUUGUUCCUUGAACGCGCAAGUCAUCAAUGUUAAAUGCUUGCUGCGCCUCCGAGCACCAUGUUUCAGAUGCAUGCCGUCCGGUUUUAUUACCGUCGACUGGUUGUUCCCUGAAGGCUAGAGUAACCUGUUCGGGUUAUCUUCCGCGGUAUUCUUUAUUCGCAAGGCAAUCACCUCUUGCUGCAAGACAAUUUCACAAUUCGUGUAGUGUCUGCCAUCUUCCAAGCCCAUAAUUUCGAUGCAUACCGUCGGUUUUACCGUCCGGGGUCAUCCAUAUCAUGAGGUUGAGAUGUCCAUCCUGGACCGUUGAGAAUAAGGCUCCCAAUUCGGGUCUCCCCCUUAUUCUCUGCCAAAAUGGAGACUCGCCUCCAGGAUACAGCUCGGGUUCCACCACCAUAAAGUUCAGACGAGCUGUAUGCCCAAGGCAAGAUUUUAAGACCAGAGUCCCGAUCCCCCGCUCGGUCACCCUAUGACUUCGGAUGCCGCCCGGUUCGUCCUACUCAAGAUCUUUUACACCAUCUCCCAAGCCGAGUCCGGGCUUGGUAUCCUGCACUUUUUUUUUUUUUUUUUUUUUUCUUUUUUUUUUUUUUUUUGUGCUGAGAUGAUGGCUCCCCAUGGAUCGAGAUAAAUGAUAUCUAUAGAUCAAGGUGAGACUUUUGGCCGAGUUUGUGGUGAUGCCGUUCGGCAUGUUGAUACCGUUCGGCUCGCAAUCUCCCUCUUAACUCUGGCCUCGUUGGAAACAUUGUUCUCCCUCCUUUUUUUUUUUUUUUUUUUUUUUUUUUUUUUUGUCAGAGGUGGCAACAGCCGUCUUUUAUUGAUAAAAUUUCCGCAAAUGCGUAGCGUUCCAUAUCCCUGCCGGACGGCCUUCGGUAUCCUGUAGUGAAAAGGUCCCCGUCCGGUAUUUUUUCCAGAUCCUGUAUGGUCCCUCCCAAUUCUUUGACAUCUUCCCGCCCUCUAGCGGUUUGCUUUUUUCUCUAUUCCUCAGGACAAGGUCUCCGACUUCGAUCGAACGGAUUUUAGCCUGUUUAUCCACAUACCUCUUAGUUGCCCGGUGAUAUUCC